AUGAGCCAAACAAGACAAAUGUCCGGUGUAACAACGUCAACUUCUCACUACACUUCAUCAAGAAAGGAACCUGUCGAAGGUUUUACUGUCAGACUUGAUGAUGAUUCCAAUCUAAAUAAAUGGCAUGUUGGCAUCUUCGGACCACCUGAUACUUUAUAUGAAGGUGGAUAUUUCAAAGCUGAUAUGGAAUUCCCAACGACUUAUCCGUUUGCACCGCCAAAAGUUCGCUUUCUAACCAAAAUGUGGCAUCCAAAUAUCUACGAGAAUGGUGAAGUUUGUAUAUCUAUACUUCAUCCUCCAACUGAAGAUCCUCAAUCAGGAGAACAUCCAAGUGAACGUUGGAAUCCAACCCAGAACGUUCGCACGAUUCUAAUGUCAAUAAUAAGUCUACUAAAUGAACCAAAUUGUUCAUCGCCUGCUAAUGUAGAUGCCAGUGUCAUGUACAGAAAAUACAAAGAACAAAAAGAUAAUGAAUAUGAAACAAUUAUUCGUCGACAAGUUAAUGAAUCGAAAUUAGUAGCUGAACAAGAAGGUAUCUCAAUACCGAAAACACUGGAUGAUUACGUUGCGCCAUCACGUGCUGGAGCAUUAGGAAAUAAAAACGAUAAGAAGCCGUCGUAUUACAGUUCGUUCUCGAACGAUGACGAUGAUUUAGGCAUCGAUGACGAUGAUGAUCAAAUGGCUGAUGCGGGUGGAGACGAUGAUGAAGGAUCAUAUAAUGAUAGCGAUUGA